AUGAAGGAAAAAUAUGCUGAGGAAAAUGAAGCUAUUACUAUGGAAGUAACAGCGCAAACACAUUUGGAAAAGUAUGCGGAUAAGCAGAAGAAUGUCGAAAUUCCAUUGACGGGACCGGUAGUCGACGAAGGUGGUAAAUUUGGUGCUAGUGGUGGCGCUGAAGCUAAUGCCUCAGGCGAUGGUAAAGGUUAUCCUGAAAUUGCCGCUAUACCGCAUGAUCCCUACCCCCUACCUACUGUAGAUGAGGUUCUUGAUAAUCCGAGCAAAUUGUCAAGUCCUCCAGUAAAUAAAGAAAAACCUGGUGGUUUCGAGACAUAUGUUGAUAUUGUAGAGAUCGACAAAGGCACCUAA